AUGGAUAGCGUUUUAAUGGUAUCGGAUAUGGUUUGGAUCCAGCGAGGAGUCGCCAAAGAAAUUCCAGACAAAAUCAAAUUGACACAAGAUGAGUUGAAGGAACUUAUUGAAGGUGGAGGAGGAGCAGGAGCAGAAAGUACAGAUAAUGAAAGUGAUGGAGAAAUAGAAGUAGAAGAAGAAGUAGAGAUGAAACAAGUGAAACAGGAAAAAAAGGUGAAGCAAGAGAAAAUUGAAGUAAAAGAGGUUGAAAUGAGAGAAGAAGAAGAGGAUGAUAAUGAUUUUGAGAAGAAAUAUUUGAAAGGUUAUGAUCUUGAUGAAGAUGGUGAAGAAGCACAUGGUGAUAAUGGGUGAGUUACUUUGAAACAAAAAAAAAUUGUCGAAAAACAAGUUCACCAGGAAUUCUAGAAUCUCUUGGAAAUUUUCUAAUAAUUUUCUCACAUCGGAAAAUAUUUGUUUGAAAUUUGCUGAAAAAUCAAUAAAUCAAAUUGUGAGAUCUGAAAAUUGUAUUAUUUCACUGUUAAAAUAAUCGAUCAAUAAAGUUCUCAAAAAAAAUUCGAUAAAUUUUCAGAAUGCGUGGAAUUGCAAUGUACACAAACAACAAAGAUGAUCCAUAUGUGACAAAUAAUGUCGAUUCAGAUGAAGAAGAGGAAAAAGACGAAAUAAUUGUGAGAAAAGACGAUAAUAUGGUUGCUGUGGCAAAAAUCGAUAAAGGCGACUUCACAUUGGAAUGCUAUGUUUAUAAUGAAGCGGAUAGCGAUUGGUAUUGUCAUCAUGAUUAUAUUCUUGAUGCUCCGCCACUCUGUUUGGAACCAAUUCAACAUGAUCCGGGAAAUGAGGAGACUGGAAAAGGAAAUUUGGUAGCUGUGGGAACUAUGAAUUCCGAAAUUCAUAUUUGGGAUUUGGAUAUUAUGAAUACUGUCACACCUUUUAUUACACUUGGAGCACCAGCAAAGAAAACUAAAUGUAUGAGCAGAAAAAUCCUUAAAGAUCCCAAAAAAUCUGUAAUUUUUCCAGCAAAACGAAAGAAGCGAGAUGGAAGUGGACAAGGACAUUCAGAUGCAGUCAUUUCCUUAGCUUGGAAUAGAAUUACGUCACAUGUUUUGGCUAGUGGAGGCGCUGACAAAACUGUAGUUCUAUGGGAUUUGGAUGAAGCAAAACCGGCUCAAAUAAUCGGAGAUCGUGGCGGCGAAGUUCAAUCAAUUCGUUGGCAUCCAAACGAAUCCACAUUUUUAUUAUUGGGAACAAUGAAAGGACAUGUUCAAGUUGUUGAUUGUCGAGAUAUACUUGGACAAGCUUCAGCUGCUUGGAAAUUCGAUGGACAAAUUGAGAAAGUUUUGUGGAAUCAUUUCAAUCCAUUCACUGCUUUUGUUACUUCUGAUGAUGGAAGGUUGAGAUAUUUGGAUAUGAGAAAACCGGGACAAUGUAUUUGGGAAGGAAUUGCGCACGAUGGACCGAUUGGGGGAAUUACAUUAUCUGCGUUGACUAGAGGAUUAUUGGUUACUGUUGGAGAAGAUGAGGUAAAUCAAGAAAUUCCAUUGGGAAAUUUAGAAAAAUGUGUUGUUUACCGUGAAGUUUUUCGUGUUCUAGAGAAAUAAUCUUCUGAAAAACUAAGUUUUUUUAUUUUCAAAUUUGGAAAAACUGAACACUUCAAAAUCAAAAGUUUCUGAAAAAAGUUGGAAUUUGUCAUAAUUAUUUUCUGAAACUUUGCAGGAAAUAUGAUUAGGAAAGAAUCAAAAACUGUUCAAUUAAUUUCCGGUUCAUAUAAUUUUAUAUAUUACCGAAAAACAGAAGUUUCCUCAUAACUUUUUUGAAUUUCUGAAAACUCAAAGCUCCCUUUUCCAGAAUUUUUCAAAUGGAAAAAAAUCCCAGAAAAUCUCCAAGUUUCUCAGGAUUCGGAUAACUCUAAAAAUUUCCAUUUCUCAUUUUUCAGAUGAUGAAUAUCUGGAAAGUAAGCGACACUUCUUCCUCAAUUGACAAAGUUCAUUCGGAAAAAUUAACAAUCGGUGAAUUACAUUGCGCUCAAUUCAAUCCAGAUGUUGGUGCUGUUUUAUCAGUUGGUGGAACUGCAGCUGAUCUCAUUCGAGUCAUCGAUUUAACCAAAUAUGAAUCUGUUGUCACUGCUUUCAGAAAUUAA